AUGGGAGAAAUAUGCGCUACCCGAAAUUCUACACUAUCUUCUCAACAUAGUGGUGUUCAUUCAGUAGCUUAUGUUACAACUCCAAGUGAGGAUGUUGCUAAGAAGUUAGCACAUGGUCUUAUAAGUCAAAAAUUGGCAGCUUGUGUAAAUAUUGUCCCUAAAGUCACAUCAGUAUAUUUUUGGGAAGGUAAAGUCAAUGAAGACAGUGAAGCAAUGAUGAUAAUCAAAACUAAAACUAAUAGAGUUGAUGAAUUAACUGAGUUUGUUAGAAAAAAUCAUCCCUACACUGUGUGUGAAGUAAUAUCAAUGAAAAUUGAAAAUGGAAACGAACCUUACUUGAAAUGGAUUAAUGAAAAUGUAUUAUAG